AUGGAGAGCAGUUUACAGGAUGCAAGUCCACAGCCAAGGGAGUUUCCACUCGAAUACCUACAACGUAUUACGAAUAAUUUUUCCGAGGACAACAUAAUUGGCGAGGGUGGGUUUGGAGUAGUUUACAAGGGAGUAUUGGACAAUGGAGAUGUGAUUGCUCUGAAGAAGCUUACUCACAAAGGGCUUGACGACAAGGAAUUUACAAAUGAGUUCAAUAACAUUAUUAGGGCCCAUCAUCAAAAUAUUGUACAGUUUUCUGGCUAUUGCUACCAUCCCGGUACUAGUUGGGUUAUGCACAAUGGGCAAUAUAUCUUUGCUCAUGAGCCAAUAAGAAUUCUCUGCUUUGAGUAUUUGCACGGUGGAAAUCUUGAGAGUCACCUUUCUGAUGACCAGCCGUGUAGGCCUGACUGGCAGACAUGUUACAAGAUAAUUAAGGGAGUUUGUCAGGGUUUGAAUUAUCUUCAUAACGGACAUAUAGAUUCCAUUUACCAUCUAGACUUAAAGCCAGCAAAUAUAUUGCUGGGAAACAACAUGAUUCCGAAAAUUGGAGAUUUUGGUAUAUCAAGAAUCUUCCCUUCAACAAAAACCGUUACCACCACAACAAGAAUGAUGGGGACAAUGGGAUUCAUGCCACCGGAAUAUAUCAACAAACAAGAAAUCUCACCAAAAUACGAUGUGUUUAGUUUGGGUGCUAUUAUCAUACAAAUAAUGGCAGGACGCCAGUAUGUGAAAAAUGGCAGAAGUUACAUCCAACAAUGUCGUCACAAACAUGGGAAGAAAUUAAAACAUGCAUCGGAAUAG